CUUGCAUAUACCUUCUAUAAGGAAGCCGCAGAAACACGACGCAACACACACAUCAUCCGGAAGUCGUCUGUUGCCAUGGUAGAGCACAACAACAACAACAACUAAAAGACGAACUUGAAAGAAUGGUGUGAUUUGUUAAAUUAUUACAUAAAAUCGCCGUUGCGGUUUUACUUAAAAAGCUAUAAAAUAUUAACCUGCAUAUACGAAGAAUACAAAGGAUGUCAUUAAAGAAUCACGUCUGACUGAUGUCAAUAUUGGCGACCACACGAAUCCUGGGUUUAUUAAAAUUUGCUUUUAAGGAUUGCAUUGAGUUAGUACUGUCAGCUACGGAUCUUUGGCGCUGCCACCUGAAAACUGAACCUUCAGACUAAGGCUUAAGGCCAGCAUAUGAUCUUCCCCACCAUUCCUUGAGGCCUGAUUAUCCUGGAAACCGAGGGGAAUGGAGGCUACUCAAGUCGGAGUGGUCAGGGACUCCAUGCGGGCUAAUCCGCUUUUAAUUAGGCCAGCUUUAGGAAGGACGGCGUGGAAAGGUCUGUCGCUGCCAGGCCCUGACUUCAUGUACGGGUCCAUGCCUGUCGUCCAUGAUGGCGGCGUCGCCGAAGCCAUCUCCCACUGGCACCUGCCCCCUCCUCCCAGCACUGGCUCUCUUGUCCACCGUAGAAGAGUGGAGAAGGAUUUCGUGGCCCUGAACCGGGAGGGGGUCAAGUCUGGCUUGGUGACAGCCAAAGAGCAUCACCAGUACCGCGCCACGCAUGACAUCCGACUCGCCCCGUCCAAGGGAGGUUCCCGUACCUCAGCGCCCCCACGGCUUCCCCCGGACAUGACCUUCGGCGUUGCCACGCGCCCCUCCACCCCCAUCUCGGAGCUCUUGGAGCACAGGUACGCUCAGGUCUGGCUGGAGGAGCAGCAGGCUAAGGACAGGAGCCUUCUAGAACGUCGGAAGAAGAGACAGCUGGGCCAUAUCCCAGAGACAUGCACGACCCUGCUCAGGAAGUGUCAGCCCGUGGAGGAGCCGGCACCCUUGUGGAAACUGCCCCGCUUCCAGAAGGUGGGACCUGCCUUAGACACCUUCCGUGAUCCCGAAGCUCGGAAGACGGCCUUUCAUGCCCAUCUCUCAGACUCGGUGGCGCGACGAGGUCUCCUGGGCCAGGGCACCUACAAAGUGAACUAGACCAGGCUAGGCAA